AUGCCUCCCGAAUAUGGGCCGGCAUCAACCUCCUCGCGGAAGCCAGGAGGUCUGGAGGCAGUCGAGACGGAAGCCCGUUGCCAGAGUUACUUCAAGUGGCUAGAUGACGUGCUGGAGAGCCCACACGGCCGGGUGUUUGCUGGCGUGCUGGGACUCUGGGUCGCAGGUUGGACUUUGAUGCAGGUGAACAUGUGGAGGGAGCUCACGCCGGUGUACCGGGAAACCUCCUGUGGCCGGCAGGAGUCCAUACUCAAGGAGUUCAAGUUGGGUUUGGACGAGAUCUAUGUCGACUUGCAGAUCAGUGUGCACUGCCAGAACCCCAAUCCGUACAAGAUCAAUAUCCUGGAUUCAGAGCCCGGCAUAGUCCAAAUUGUCGCUGGAGCAAGGCCCCAGGACAGAAUCGACGUCGGGCGGCUCAAGGUGAAGCCUGGCUCCAGCCUCUCCCGCUAUGGGAAGGGGGUGGUCUUUGUGGACAUGAAUGCCACGAUACAGAAGAACAUCAGUGAACGACUCUUGCCAGUCUUUCUGAACGCCCAGGAGAUCCCUAUCCUGAUGCAGUUGCGAUUUCAAGUCGGGAUUCGGCUCUUCUUCGGCCUGGGAGGAAGCUGGCAAGCCAGGGCACCCUUUGACAAGGCCUGCGGCCUGCAGAUGAUGGGAGUUUUGGUAAACUCCUUCCAGCAGGACAAGGAGCGCAGUCGCCUGGGGCCAUUGGUGUGCAAGGACACCUGGGAUGAGCUUCUGCUGCCGGGCACCAUCCCUGCUGCGACAGAGGCGAAGGCCAUCGACCGCAUGGACUUCGGGGCGGCGCAGGUGGCGCCCAUGGAGGUGCAAACAGGUGAGCUGGCGAAGAACGUCAGUUUCAGCAUCCUGGUAGUGUGCUCGUGCCUGGUGGCCACCGUCUUCUUGUGGAUCUCGAGAAACGGCAAGAUUCCCGACGACUUGAAGGAGUACCGAGGCCGCAUGGUGCACGUCGCGCUGUCCACCCUGGCGCCAAGCAGCAUGGGGAGCCAACCUGAAAGUGAACCAGGAUCUGCGCUUCCUUCCCUGGCCAAGUCCAAGUCCAGCUCCAAGCCUGCGGCUGAGCCGAAGGACAGCCGAGCUCAGCAGAUGCCAGCGUUUCUCUGGGGAGCCUGA